AUGCAGGACGCAUGCACAACCUCCGCCCUGCUUUUCUUCCGCAUCAUCACCUUCGGUUGCACAGCGAGCAUCAUGUACAGCGUGGAAAAGCGAGAGGGCAUCAUUCCAAUCAUGAUCGAGACGGCCGCGAGGCCCAGCUCCAAGAUCUCCGAGUUCUUCGGGGACACUCUCACAAACGUGUCAACGAGUCCGGAGCUACGAAAGAUCUUCAGCAAGCGACGCCGGCGGCCACAUCACGCAAACGUAGGACCGUUCACGCUGCCUCGAUCCGCCAUUGGGGCCGGCAAACUCGGUUAUCGUGAGCGCCCGUACCAGCAUCAACGGAAGGACUUGCGUCCAAGAAGCCCAUGGGACAUUCUCAUCCAAAGUUACGGGCUAUCAUGGUUCACCUGGCCCACAAACCUCGGUCUCCUCUCCCUGGUCCUCUUCCUCCUCCCUCCCCCUUACCACUUCCGCGGCCUCACCACCCUCAUCACCACCCUCUUCAUCACCGACGUCGUCCUCUUCAUCCUCUUCUCCCUGCUCAUGCUUUACUGCUCCGUCCUCCACUCCAAGUGCUGCAACAAACCGCGCCAGUUAUGCCACGAGCUGACUUCCAACGCCACCAAGCUCGGCUCUCUCGCUUGUUGGCCGGUUGCUUGGCUGACGUUGGUCGCUUUUGCUGUAUUUCUUGCUAGCUAUGACGAUGACAACCAGGCUCAGGCUGAGGAUAGGAAUGGGAAUGGGAAUGGAAAUGAGGCUGCUGAUGUCAAUGCUGACGCUGACGGGGGAGGAAAAGAGUUGAGGAGACGCGUGUUGGCGAUGAUUGCUUAUGUGAUGUGGUGGAUUGGAGUGGCGUGGAUGACGGGGACGAUGGUGUUUGUGAUGGGGAUUUUGACGGGGGCGGUGGGAAGGCCGAGUGAGAGGUGGAUGUUGAGGAAGGGAGUUGGAGCUGGGCAUGGAGAAGAGGAAGAAAAUGAGGUGAGGGUGGCGUUGCCGGGAUGCUUGCUGUCUUCGGCUUUUGGGAUGGGGUUGCUGGCGUUGGUUGGGGGGCUGUUGGUGUCGGUGUUGGUGAGGUUGGGGACAAUAUCAGUGGGCAUGGCGGCGACGGUGUUGGUGUUGUCGUUUUGUGUGGAGGGAGUGGCGCUCUUCACGACGCUGUUACUGUAUGCGGUGCUGCAGCAGGAGAUGAUCCAGGUGGAAAGAACGGCGUCCGCCCACUUGGUCAAGCUUUCCUUGUGGGUGAUGGGAUCAGCGAGUGUUUGUGCCGCGGCGGUACAGAUACUCGGGAGAGCAGCGGAGAACGUCAGUGCUAUUCUCGGUGACGACGACACCCAAAGAGCUUCAAGUGGCAACUUGUUCACGCCUGCUACGGCGCAAGCUACUCACGUGGUGUGCAUCCUUCUGGCCUUGCUCCUCCUUGGCUUGGCCGUUCUCUGGCUUAUUUUCUCCCUGAUGGCAUUCGUGAGCUAUGCCAUCCGCAGAAGACUGUCAUGGAAGGGACAAUGCAAUGAUACCGUCAUCCCGGUGGCGGCGUUUGCGCUUUCCACGGUGCAGUUCAGGUCAGAGUUGAACUCAUCCUUCUUUGGCGUCGUCACUUGCGUGUUGGUGGUGGUUGCAGCUGCUUCUCUUCUCAUCAACCUUGUCCUGUGCAUCAAGCAGGUGGUGAGUGCAACGUUCCUGGCUGGGCUCGACCCGGAGUUGCGAGUGUGA